CGGCGGGACGGAUGGAUGGAGGGAGGAGGCCACGCGCAGCAAAGCAGCGCCGCGAGCUCAGGGUUUAGGAGCUGUUGCUGGGGACAGAGAGACGGGGACGUGAGCAGCCAUUGAGGGUGGCUAGGGUGAACACCCCCCCCCCCCCCCCCCCCAUCUGCUCGGUGUGCGGGCUGAGCUUUGAGGGGCUGAGCUUCGAUGGAGGACCACAUGACGGGGCACAACAAGGAGAAGCAUUAUGAGUGCGAUGUGUGUGGCAAGGCCUGGCAGUGCCCGAACGAGCUGGAGAUCCACCGGUGGGUUCACACGGGAGAACGCCCCUUUGACAGCUCCGACUGCAGCAAGCUCUUCAAGACGGCAAAGGACCUGAAGUCGCACCGGCAGGUGCACACUGGCGAGAAGCCCUAUGGCUGCUUCACCUGUGGCAAGAGCUUUGCACGGUUAUCGGGGCUGCUGUAUCACCGGCGGGUGCACAGCAGUGAGCGGCCCUUCACCUGCUCCGACUGCGGCAAAGGCUACAAGUGGUCCACGGACCUGAAGAGGCACAGGCGCCUGCACACCGGGGAGCGCCCCUUCACCUGCAGCGACUGCGGCAAGGGCUUCACCCACUCCAACCACCUGCUGCUGCACCAGCGCAGCCACACCGACGAGCGCCCCUUCACCUGCGCCCAUUGCGGCAAAGGCUACACCCAGUCCAGCCACCUGCUGCAGCACCAGCGCACCCACACCGACGAGCGCCCCUUCUCUUGCGCCCAGUGCAGUAAAAGCUACACCCAGUCCAGCCACCUGCUGCAGCACCAGCGCACCCACAGCGGGGAGCGCCCCUUCACCUGCAGCGACUGCGGCAAGGGCUUCACCCAGUCCUGCAACCUGCUGUCCCACCAGCGCACCCACACCGGCGAGCGCCCCUUCAUCUGCACCCAGUGCGGCAAAGGCUUCACCCACUGCAGCACCCUGCUGAUGCACCAGCACACCCACACCGAUGAGAAGCCCUUUGGCUGCUCCGACUGCGGCAAAGGCUUCAAGUCAUUAAAGUACCUGAAGAUACACAGGCACGUGCACACCGGGGAGCGGCCCUUCACCUGUAGCGACUGCGGCAAGGGCUUCACCCGCUCCACCAGGCUGCUGCAGCACAAACGCACCCACACCACCGAACGCCCACACACCUGUGCCCAGUGCGGUAAGGGCUUCACCAGCUCCACCAAGCUGCUGUCCCACCAGCGGGUGCACGCCGGCGACAGUCCCGUCCCGAGCCCGGUGUGUGGAGAGCGCUUUGCCAUGGUCUCCCACGCCCUGUCUCACUAGCGUGUGCACACCAGU